UAUGCGUACACAGUGAGGCAUGGGCUGGUGAAGUAGAGUUUUCAAACUGUUCAACUUGCGAAAUCCUGAAUACGCAGUAGAUCAAGAUGUCCGCCACUCAUAUGCGCCCGAUAAACCACGUCGGCGUCUCCGUAAACGAUAUCGAAGCCGUAACGAAAUGGUACACCGAAGUCAUGGGCUUCAAAGUUCACGCCAACAAGAUCAAGCACAUCAGGCGCUCCGAAGACCCCAACAACGGCAUCUUCAAGAUCUACCCCUCAUCACUACAAGAAGUCAAGCUGGCCUUCAUGGCGACCGGCAACGGUGUUGGCUUUGAGGUCUUUGAGUUCUUGGAUCCUGUCUACCAGAGGGUCGAGGAGUUUGAGUACAACCGUGGUGGUUUCUUCCAUCUCUGUGUGACGGACCCCGAUCCGCAGGCUCUUUUAGCCAAGGUUCUCAGCAAGGGCGGGAGCAGAGUUGGUGAUGCUAUCGUCAAUAUGCCCAGUGGGUCGAAGUGUCUGUACUUUAGGGAUCCUUGGGGGAAUGUUAUUGAGGUUUUGGAUAUGAGCUUCGAUCGUAUGGCGGGGAUAGACACGGCCUGAUAUAAAUUCAUGCCCUUUGGUCAGAAAUAAAUACGGUGACUCGCCACUAAACAGUCAAAGGGCAGUGACAACAACUAAAGCUAUUAAUUCCGCCUUCUGCUCAGGACUACAGACAAAACCAUUCGAGUAUCACCAGUCCUUUUCCUUCAAUACGGUAAUUCCAAUACGGCUCUAUAUACCGGCUUCGAU